AUGUCAUUGUUGUCCCAGCAGUUGAAGACCAUCGGUGAGAAAAAUGCAUCCUUGGCUGUCGACAGAAAAUCGAGGCAACAGAUCCACUCGAGAUCUUUGCUAUUCGAUGCCAAAACUGCAGCCGCCCAAGACUUUGACUAUAUCUACCUGAUAGCAACAGAGGGCCUCGACGAGCUCAUAGAACUUGAUCUGAGAUUCGAGAAAUUUUCAGCGACCCUCUUCUCCGAAACCAGCAUUGAUUUCGACAGAAAUGUCAAGUCGAAGGACAUCCUCGAUCAGGUCAACAGAAACUUGGAAGCUUUCAUGAACUUGGCAGCCCCCUACUACAAUCUUGCACCCACUCUUAAAGCCAUGGAGUGGUUGGUUAGAAGAUAUCACGUCAACAUUCAUAACACAGAGUUAUUGUUCUUGUCCACAUUAUCCUACCAUUCGCAGCCAGUCUUCACCAGAAUCAUGAACGUGGUUCCAAAAGGUUCCAUGCCAGUCAUCUUCUCUUGGUUGUCCGGUUACAAAGAACAAUCAAAGCCUUUACCUGCAUCAUCCGUGCUCAAAAGCUUCCAUAAUGAUCCAGCGUUUUUCAGAUUGUACUCCGAGUACCUCAGAGAGCAGUUGAAGCAUAAAACCAUUUACAAAGAACAAUUGGUAUUUUACUUAUCCAAUACCGCGCAGGUGUUGGCAUCACACGGUCGUGACACCGAAAAACUUAAUCAGGAUUAUAUCGUCACGAUUUUGGAGACUCUCAAUGAUCUCUUGGCCCACAAAAACACGAGUUUAAACAUUAAGCUUACUGCAUUUGCAAUUGUCUCAGUUUUGAGCUCAGUUGUCCCCUUGAGUGACGAAUUAGUUUACUCUUUGACCAUUUCAAUUUUGAAAGAUUCCUUUGCAUUUACUCAACUCAAGAGGCAAACUCUUGUAGUGUUGGGACAGUUGUGGAACUAUUUCAACGAAGAUGAUGUAAGUAAGGAGGCUGAAGUUUUCAAGGAUUUGCCCUCAAAAGUCUUACUUCAAGAGGAAGCUUUGUUGCUUACCUUGAUUGAGGAGAACUACCACAUUGCUAAAUUCAUUUUCUUCUAUGUCAUUGACUGUUUGAAUCAUGACAAUGGCGAUACUGUCAAUCUUUUGCAAUACCUCAGUGUUGCUACCAAUAGCUUGUUUUUCCCCGUCGUUGUCAAGAAGCUUCUUGACUAUUUGUCACAAUCCUCAGUCUCGAAAGAGGGAAGAGAUGGUGCCGUGGUCAUCUUUGAACAGCUUCUUUCUAAAAACAAGGAGAAGCUUAUUGAAGAGCUCAAGAAGCAUCUGAAAUCCAUUGGUGACUUAGAGAUGGUGCUUAUGCAUACUAUGGGUGACACUGCAAACGAUUCAUCCUACGAGGGUGACUACGAGGAUGCUGUGGCCGACUUCGAGCCCGCUCCUUCCAAGACUGUCAGCCAAGUGUCUGUAAAGGCCAAGAGCUAUUUCACUGCAUCUUCUAACGCUGAAUUUGCGAAGGUCUCUGAAGAGUUGCUUAAAGAGCUUGCGAAAUAUGAAGCGAAGAAACAGCUCCCUUUCUUGAAAGCUGUUAGUCGCGAGCUCUUCAAAUCUAAUGAACAGAUUGUGUCCUUCCUUUUCAGAUUAGCUUUUACAGCUUCGAUUCCUUUGUCAUAUCGCUUGUUGGCCCUCGGCUGCGUCAAGAAUGUCCUCCAGGAUGUCACGUCACAAAACACGAAUGUCAGUCUUUAUCUUCUUACUCCUUUGAUUCUCCUUGGUUUGAGUGACGCCAGCAAACCUUUUAGGGAGCUUUGCAUCGCCACACUUCAAGUGAUACAUGAGCAAAGCGAGAAAAUUCUGAGCAAGGGUAAGAAAGCGAAAUCCGUUUUGUUCAUGGAAUCAGAACUAUACAACGGGAAUGAGGAUGGAAAACUGUCUCUCAUUUCUCCAUCUGAUGCCAAUGUUAUGUUGAACGUUUUGUUCGACAAGAAUACGCCAUUGGAUGAUGUCCGUUUUGAUGCCACCCGUUUCUUGUCCCUUUUGUACGACACGUUGUUCAAAAGUACGAAAACAGGGAAAAAGUUUGGUUCUCUCCUCCUCAAAAGCUUCGUUUAUGGCCAGUGGGCUUCUCCAUCAUUGCCACUUUCAUUCAAGCACAGAGUUUGGCGAAUCAUAAGUUCGCAGAAUAGAGACACUAAGGGCUUUGAUGAUAGAUUUUCGUUCGUCGGUGAUGUGAAGACUCUUUUUGAAAAGCGUGACGCAUGGUUCCAUGAUGCUUUUGCAGAGGGCUUGAAUUUCGUUGAGGAUGUCGAAAAGACUAUUGCUGGUAUGGUCGGUGGACAGACCACCAAUGAAAAGAAGAGAGCUAAGGAAGUUGAGUGGUUCGUGAGAGCAUUGAAUGCGGAAGAUGAUUUGCAAAUUAUUGCCAAUGAAAGAAUUAAGGCCCUUUUCCCACAGCUUAAACACACAGACUUGAAGGUUCGCUUGAGCAAGGAACUUAUUGAAUUGCUUGUCAAGGACAGUGACUCGGUAUUACACUUUGACCCACUCGAGACUUUGCAAUCACUUGAGUUCACCAAUCAGGACAUGGUAGCGUUGUUGAAUUCAGUCAAUAUUGUCACCGAGGUUCCAGAGCAGUCAGUGGCAAAAAGAAGAAGAAGAUCUUCAUCAUCCACUCAAAAGAAUAUGGCGAGAGAUGACAUCAAUAGCAUGGCUGCUGCACAUUUAAGAAAGCUUUCUAUUAUACUCGAUGUGCUCGAGACCCAAUUAAGACAGUCUAUCAGCUCAUUGGCGGGUCCUGACUUGUUACAGGUUUUGUUCAAGAUAUUGACUGACUUGGACUACUUGGGCAACGACGGAAAGCUUCCUGUGUUGUACGCUCAGGAGACCCUUGCUUCUUGUAUGUUGCUCUGCAUCGUGAAGAUGAAGGAGUCCCAAAGCAGAAGCAGAUCUCGCAUUGACUCCAAUUCGAUUAGAGCUGAUUUGAUCGUGAACUCCAUCAGAUUGUCACAAUCGCCUCAAGUUCAAAACAAAUUGUUGCUCGUGAUUGCUGAAUUGGCUUCCUUGGCACCAGAGAUCAUCUUGCACUCUGUGAUGCCGAUCUUCACAUUUAUGGGUGCCCAUACUGUGAGACAGGAUGACGAAUUUUCCAGUUCGGCCUUGCAAAAGACAAUUUCGAAGGUUGUGCCUGCUAUCACCGCUGCUUCAUCUUCUGUCUCCACUGAGAUUGAGUUCUUGUUGACCAGCUUUGUUACUGCCUUCCAGCAUAUCCCCAGACAUCGUAGAGUGAAGCUCUUCGUGUACUUGGUUCAGACGUUAGGACACGAGAAUUCGUUGCAAAACAUCUUGUUCUUGAUGGGUCAACAGUACUCUAUUAACUUGGAGAAGAACAGAGUUCAUGAGUGCAACUCGCUGUUAGACUUCACUACUGCUUUGUUGAAGACAUUCGAUGCCGACAUCUGUUUGCAAAGUGUCAACAGCUUCCUUGGCUUGUGGGAUCUAGUUCCAAAGGCCAAUCUUGGAUCAGACUCUGAUAAGAUCGCUGCCUUGACUAACAGACCAAUUUUUGGCUCCUCGAUCGCCAACGCUACUGAUGCAGAGUUGACUGUACUCCGAACCAAUUUGUUACACUUCAUCAAUCAAGUCUUGGGUACCGAUGAAGAGUUGUCUGUCAGCGCCAACCUCGUUUCUUUGAGAAUGAAGGUGUCGUUGGUGUUGUUUGAUGACCAAACGCCUGAGGAUGAGAAGAAGUCAAUCCUUAAGGUCUUCAGCAAGGUCACUUCGUUUAUCUUGGGCUCGUUGGAUAAUUUCAAUUCUGAGAAGGGUAACGCAAAGAUUGUCAACGAGUUGUACAACGUGCUCAAGUCAUUGCUCAACUUGCUUCCCAUGAGCUACUAUGUGUCCUCGAUCUCAGACUCUUUGAAGAAUGUGAACGAUCAAUUGUCAGCUACUAUAGCAAAGAAUUUUGCUGUCCUAGCUGGAACCAAGUUUGAGAAUGAAAUGAACCUGAACUCAUUUGACGAGGAGAUUGAAACUGCCGUCUUGUCAGAGCUUUUGCCAACUUUGGUCGAGGGCGUUGAGAAGUUCGAUAACAUCGAGCUUGUUCAGGCUUACUUGGAUACAUUUUCGAUCAUUGUUUCGAAACUUGCCGCGUCAUCUCCAGAUCUUGCAUCUUCAGAAGAUGCUAAGUUCCUCAUUGGUACAUUGAAGACCAUCACUUCGGAACAUGGUAUGUUGAGCGAGCACACAGAGAUCAGAGUGUCCUCUUUGAAUGCAGUUGCAAGCGUUAUCAAGGUCUUUGGUGUGAAAUGUAUCGGUUUCUUCCCUAAGAUUUUGCCUCCUGCUUUGAAGAUUUGGGAGUCCACCAUCGCUCAAGACGAAAAAGAUGAUGAGGAUAUGGAUGAUGAAGAGCAGGAAGGUAGAAUGUUGUUGCAGGGUUCAGUUCUUAUGCUUUUCUCUGUCUUGGUCAAGAGAAUGCCAGCCUUCGUUACUACGAAUUUGAAGCAGAUUGUGAAGGCGACUUUGGUGAGUGAUUUGAUUGACAGUGGCAUCCGUUCCAAUGUAUUGGCCUUGAUUGUGGAGCAUGUGGACAAGGGUCAGGUGUUGAGUUGCUUGUUCAACUUAGCACUUACAGAGAACUUCUACGCUAUUAAUGAUGCCAAGGAGCUUGGUUUAUAUUUGAAUGGUGUGAAGUCUGCUAUUGACGCUAUCGAAAAGAAGACGGCCACUGGCAAUUCUUCCCUCUUCAUGAAGUGGUUAAUCAAGUCGUUUGAGUUCAGAAACGAGUAUGGCCAAGAAAAGUUCAAUGACAACACAAUUCACAGCAUCGAAAACUCGUUCCACCAAUGUGCCAUUGUUUACGUCAUGAAGCUCAACGAUAAGAGCUUCCGUCCUCUUUUUGCCAACUUGGUUAGGUGGGCCGCUACGGGAGAAGGCUCCAUUGGUUCUGUCAACACCGAACUUAGCAGACUUACUGCUUUCUUUAAAUUCUUCAACAAAUUGCAGGAUAGGUUGAAGAGCAUCAUCACAUCCUACUUCUCAUACAUGAUUGACCCAACGGUGGCUAUUUUGAACAGAUUUGCAUCUGGUGAAUUGAAGGAAACCAACUUGAGAAGAAUUAUUUUGAAUGCUUUGGUUUCGUCAUUCAAGUAUGAUCAGGAUGACUACUGGUCGCACCAACUGAGAUUUGAGACAAUCCUCAACCCUCUCUUGUCUCAAUUGAGUAAUAUUGAAAAGCCUAUUGGCAAGUACCUCGUGAAAGCCGUCACAUCUUUUGUCACUAAUGUGUCAUCUGAUGAAUACAACGAGAAGCUUGUGCAUGGUUUGAUUUACUACAUCUCGAAUGAGCAUGAAAACACUCUGAACACCAAGAUGUGGACCAUCAGAAUCUUGAAGGAAAUCUUCCAGAAGUUGGGCGAGCAGUGGUUGCCAUUCUUGCCUACUUUCAUUCCAUACAUUGCAGAAUUGUUGGAAGAUGACGACGAGGAUGUUGAAAUGGAGGUCAGAAAAGAUUUGGUGAGAGUUAUUGAAAACGUUCUCGGCGAGCCACUUGAGCGUUACCUCAAUUAG